AUGAAUCCCGAUCUGGACACCAGCCACAACACAUCAGCACCUGCCCACUGGGGAGAGUUGAAAAAUGCCAACUUCACUGGCCCCAACCAGACCUCGAGCAACUCCACGCUGCCCCAGCUGGACGUCACCAGGGCCAUCUCCGUGGGCCUGGUGCUGGGCGCCUUCAUCCUCUUUGCCAUCGUGGGUAACAUCCUAGUUAUCCUGUCCGUGGCCUGCAACCGGCACCUGCGGACACCCACCAACUACUUCAUCGUCAACUUGGCCAUUGCCGACCUGCUGCUGAGCUUCACCGUCCUGCCCUUCUCGGCUGCCCUGGAGGUGCUCGGCUACUGGGUGCUGGGGCGGAUCUUCUGCGACAUCUGGGCAGCCGUGGACGUCCUGUGCUGCACAGCAUCCAUUCUGAGCCUGUGUGCCAUCUCCAUCGAUCGCUACAUCGGGGUGCGCUACUCGCUGCAGUACCCCACGCUGGUCACCCGGAGGAAGGCCACCUUGGCGCUCCUCAGCGUCUGGGUGUUAUCCACAGUCAUCUCCAUCGGGCCUCUCCUUGGGUGGAAGGAGCCGGCGCCCAAUGAUGAUAAGGAAUGUGGAGUCACCGAAGAACCCUUUUACGCCCUCUUCUCCUCCCUGGGCUCCUUCUAUAUCCCUCUGGCGGUCAUUCUGGUCAUGUACUGCCGCGUCUACAUCGUUGCCAAGAGGACCACCAAGAACCUGGAGGCGGGAGUCAUGAAGGAGAUGUCCAACUCCAAGGAGCUGACCCUGAGGAUCCACUCCAAGAACUUUCAUGAGGACACCCUUAGCAGUACCAAGGCCAAAGGCCACAACCCCAGGAGUUCCAUAGCUGUCAAACUUUUUAAGUUCUCCAGGGAAAAGAAAGCAGCCAAGACCUUGGGCAUUGUGGUUGGUAUGUUCAUCUCGUGCUGGCUACCCUUCUUCAUCGCUCUACCACUUGGCUCGCUGUUCUCCACCCUGAAGGCCCCCGACGCCGUGUUCAAGGUGGUGUUCUGGCUGGGCUACUUCAACAGCUGCCUCAACCCCAUCAUCUACCCGUGCUCCAGCAAGGAGUUCAAGCGCGCCUUCGUGCGCAUCCUGGGGUGCCAGUGCCGCGGCCGCCGCCGCCGCCGCCGCCGUCGCCGCCUGGGCGGCUGCGCCUACACCUACCGGCCGUGGACGCGCGGCGGCUCGCUGGAGCGCUCGCAGUCGCGUAAGGACUCGCUGGACGACAGCGGCAGCUGCCUGAGCGGCAGCCAGCGGACCCUGCCGUCGGCCUCGCCGAGCCCCGGCUACCUGGGCCGCGGUGCGCCGCCGCCCGUCGAGCUGUGCGCCUUCCCGGAGUGGAAGCCGCCCGGCGCCCUCCUGAGCCUGCCCGCGCCCGAGCCCGCCGGCCGCCGCGGCCGCCACGACGCGGGCCCGCUCUUCACCUUCAAGCUCCUGGCCGAGCCCCAGAGCCCCGGGACCGACGAGGGCGCCGGCCGCGGGGGCUGCGAGGCCAAGGCCGACGUGGCCAACGGGCAGCCGGGCUUCAAAAACAACAUGCCCCUGGCGCCCGGGCAGUUUUAG